UUAGCGAUCAAAGUGUAUGAACUGCUGAAGAAACGUUUGGAAACCCGACUCAUUGAGCAUUCAGAAUCACCAUGGGCAUCACCCAUUGUGAUUGUCCUCAAGCAAAAUGGUGUGGAUAUCCGAAUGUGUGUCGAUUACCGAAUUGUCAAUGGAUUCAUUACACUGUCCAAUUACCCUCUACCGCUAAUAGACGACCUGCUGGUUGGGUUCGAGGAUGUCAUGUGGUUUAUGAGCUUGGAUAUGGCGAGCGGCUUUUGGGCGAUCAAGAUGUCCGAAAGAGCGAAGCUGAUAUCGGCGUUUGUCUGUCCGUUCGGACACUUCCAAUGGACUCGCAUGCCAUUCGGACUCAAGAAUGCGCCACUGAUAUAUCAAUCGGUCAUCAACAAUUGUCUAUGGGGAUUUGUGAGACUGCCUCCAGAAGAAGAAGCAGAGGUCGAUCAAGAUGUCUUGGAUUUUCUAGGUCUGGAUCCUACAGAUAACCAAAAAUCUGAAAGGAGCUGUCUGAAUGACGAGGUGAAGGGACUCACGGAUCUGAUGACAGUUUCCAAAGGAAUAUCCCUAUGCCAUCACACAUCGGUCCAGUGCUAG